GCAUAAACCGGGAGAGAGGCUGAGGGACUGCGCACAACUUUCCUUCUCUCCAGAUUCACACCGAGGGAAUGAAGGAGGGCGGUUGGUCUGGUCCAGGUGCCUGCUCCUCCACAGGGAGGAGGGGGCCCUAACCCGGCACUGCCAGGCGGAAGCGCCGUUGCCAUUGGUCCAGCGGCGGCUUUUACCUGCCUGGAGCCCCGGGGGCCCCAAGCGCAAAGUCCGCGGCGCUGGGCCAAGGAGCCGGCGACUGGCAGCGCAGGUGCGCCUACGCCCUCGGCCAGGCAAGAUGCCGCUGGGGCUGCGGGGAAAGAAGAAGGCUAAGUCCAAGGAGACCGCUCGGCUGGUGGAGGGCGAGCAGGCGGGCGCGGGCGUCGGGAGCCUCCCAGAUCCCCCGGUUCCCGCACGCAGGCUGGUCUUCCACACGCAGCUGGCGCACGGCAGCGCCACGGGCAGGGUGGAGGAUUUCUCCAGCAUCCGUGAGCUCUACGAGAAGAUCGCUGGCGUGUUUGAGAUCUCGCCGUCGGAGAUCUUAUAUUGUACUUUAAACACACCUAAAAUUGACAUGGAAAAACUCCUAGGAGGGCAAUUAGGUCUUGAAGAUUUUAUAUUUGCCCAUGUGAAAGGACUAAAAAAAGAAGUGAAUGUGUAUAAAUCUGAGGAUUCACUUGGACUCACCAUUACAGAUAAUGGUGUUGGCUAUGCUUUUAUCAAGAGAAUUAAAGAUGGUAGCAUUAUUGACUCAGUUAAAACAAUCUGUGUGGGGGAUCAUAUUGAAUCCAUAAAUGGAGAAAAUAUCGUUGGGUGGCGUCACUAUGAAGUUGCUAAGAAGUUAAAGGAAUUAAAAAAAGAGGAACUCUUUACCUUGAAGUUAAUAGAACCCAAGAAGGCAUUUGAGAUAGAACCAAGAUCAAAAGCUGGAAAGUCUUCAGCAGACAAAAUUGGAACUGCAAGAGGAACCCUUCGUCUGAGAUCUAAAGGUCCUGCCACCAUGGAAGAAAUGCCCUCUGAAACCAAAGCAAAGGCAAUCGAAAAGGUUGAUGAUCUUCUUGAACUGUACAUGGGAAUUCGAGAUAUUGAUUUAGCCACCACAAUGUUUGAAGCUGGAAAGGACAAAAAUAAUCCAGAUGAAUUUGCCACGGCACUUGAUGAAACUCUUGGAGACUUUGCAUUCCCAGAUGAAUUUGUCUUUGAUGUUUGGGGAGCCAUUGGUGAUGCUAAACAAGGAGGAUUUUGAUGUGGAUGAGCUAUCUCUGAAGAAAUGAACUAUUGUUCUUAAAAAAAAAAUCUGUAUAAGAAUUCUUUUUUUUUUAAUUUUUUAUUGUUGGCUGUUCAAAACAUUACAUAGUUCUUGAUAUAUCAUAUUUCACACUUUGAUUCAAGUGGGUUAUGAGCUCCCAUUUUUACCCCAUAUACAGAUUGCAGAAUCACAUCAGUUACACAUCCAUUGAUUUACAUAUUGCCAUACUAGUGUCUGUUGUGUUCUGCUGCCUUUCCUAUCUUCUACUAUCCCCCCUCCCCUCCCCUCCCCUCCCCUCUUCUCUCUCUGCCCCCUCUACUGACAUUCAUUUGUCCCCCUUGUAUUAUUUUUCCCUUUUAGACAUCUUCAUGAACUCUGGUUUAGUUUUAUGUGUAUGGAAUCAAGUCUGAAAUACAAUUGGUAAUUUUGAUUUCUCAAUACUCUUUAUUGCAAUUGUUUUUAUAGUUUGUAUAAGUUACUUGAUAUGACUGAUUUUAAUAUUCAUUUGGAAGUUUUUAAAAGAAAGAUUUAAGGAGUAUUUUUACAUAAACUUUUUUUUCUCCCCAUUAAUAUCAUGUUUAGUUUUCCGAAUUAAGAACUUGAUUGCAACAGCUUUGUAGAUUUUGUUUUGCAAAAUCUUAAUGUAAUGAUAAUUAGGAUAGGAGUAUAAUUACCUCAGAACAUCUUCAUUCUGUUAUGCUAGUUUGAAUAGAAUGUUUUCUGAAAAUGAAAUGUGAAUUAUGCCUACCAUAGGUCUAGAAGCAUUGUUUUUGGCUCACUGAGUAAGUGAAGGAAGAUUUCUUUGGUCUGCUAUUUUCUAUGACAUACUUUCUCUCUUUGUGAAACAAAGAUUCAUUUUCUUUUUUGCUUUUUUGUAGUUGCUCUUAAAACUUGUAGUUGAGUCUGUUGUGUGUAUACAUUUGCAUGGGUGUAAGAGGCAGGGAGGGUAGAAUCACUUGUAUUUGAUUUUUUUUUGCAGUUCUUAGAAUAUUAUUUCUUUUUUCCACUUAUAACUACUUUUAUGUUACUCUUUAUGAGCACUCCAGGGAAGGUUUUAUAUUCUAUGUAGCACUUUCCUUUUGAAAAGUAUUUACUCAGAAAAUCACUAUGUUUGAGAAUAUUUUUUUGGGAGGGGUUAAGCAGCAAUCCUUUUCAGCCUCCUAAACUUUAGAGGAGAUAUUAUCUGAAAUAGGUUUCCUCCUAGUAGAAAUAAAGGAGAAAGGGGAACUACGGAAGGUAUUAGCCUAUUAUUUUGGAGUUCUUACACACUCCCUCUAACCCUUACAUUAUUGAGGAAAUUGAGGGUAAAUGACAGUCUUAUCACUCUUUUUUGGCAUUUAUUGAUGUAAAGGAAAUGAAAAUGAGUGGUUUCAACAUAGAUCAUUUAAUAAGGCAGAGCAUGGUAUGACCAAGUGUGCUUCUAAGUGUUCAAUGAGAACUGCUGUGCACUGUCCCAGGAAUCAGAAAUAAUCCCUUGUGAGGGAGGCAUUCUAGGAAAUCAGGAGUAGUGCUCUUUUCAUGCUGAGUUUUUGCUUAGAUAACUCUGUUGUCCUCUGGUAAAAGGUUUCUUUUGCUGCCAUCUACUCCCCUGUCAUGUGAUGUUAAUGCUGUGAAGCUAAUAUUCAUCUGAAACGGGCACAGAGCUGUUUUAGCCAUUAGUAUGUAACCAAAGUACCUUAAAGAAUAUGGAUUGUUUUAUUGUUCUUGCCUUUAAGAUAGGAUCCAGCUCAGUCUGCAAUCUGUCAGUACUCAUUUAAUGGGUUUCUUUUGGAGGUUCCCAAAGUACCUAUUAUUGUCUUUUUUUUUUUAAUAACAGGGAUUGAACUCAGGGGCACUUGACCACUGAGCCAUAUCCCCAGCCCUGUUUUGUAUUUUAUUUAGAGACAGGGUCUCACUGAGUUGCUUUGUGCCUUGCUUUUGCUGAGGCUGGCUUUGAACUCGAAAUCCUCUUGCCUCAGCCUCCCAAGCUGCUGGGAUUAUAGACAUGUGCCACUGCGCCUGGCACUAUUAUGUCUUAAUACCACUUAUCUUAUACAAAAAAAGCUGAUAUUUUUAGGAAUAGGAAAGUUGUUAUAUGAUUUAGGAGACCCAUAGAAACAUUUUAAACAACAAAAAUAUAAUUUUUUGGGCUGAGAAUAUAGCUCAGUUGGUAAAGAGUGCUUGUCUCACAUGCACAAGGCCCUGGGUUCAAUCCCCAGGAAACCCCCACCCCCUCCAACAAAUUUCUUGGAACUGUAUGUUAGAUUUGAAAUGAUUCAUUGUUUUAUCAUUAUUUUUCAAAAAGAUAUAUAUAUUUUUUUGAGACAGGUCUUGCUGCAUUGUGCAAGCUGAUCUUGUACUUGUGGUUUCCAAGCAAUCCUACUGUCUCUGAAUAGCUGAGACUUACAGGCACAUGGCACCAUGCUCCACUGAUUUAUUGUUUAUUAUUGAUGGAUGCCAGUUUCUCCUUUUCUGGGCAUGCAUGAAGACUGAAACUUGAUGCUGUGGUUUAUGGGAUGUAUUCUUAGCAAUGAUCUUUCUAGAACUUUGAUGUAAGGUACAUCCAUGUACAGCUUGAUUAUUCUUGUCCCUGUUCAAAGGGAUAUUGUUCUUUUUGAGGACUUCAGCUGGGCUCAAGUGCUUUGUAUACUAAUGGGUUUUUCCUUGAAAUGUUCUUAACUCUAACAUCUAUUGAUAACAAGGUCAUCUUUUAUGUCAUUUUGUUCCCAUACCUGAAAAUACAUCUAUUUGUGAACUUUGUGCCUUUUUGCAACUCACUGUGCAGAAAAAGGAGUAGACUUUAUUUUUAGUGCAGUCACAUAAUUGUGGGCUACUCUGCUGCUGGUGCUACUAUGGGGCAAAUCAUUGUUUUGAAACAUUCAUUUAAUUAGUGCCACUAGACAUUUUCAGGACUCUCAUUUUCUCUGCAGUUUUUUUUUUUCCCAAUGAAGGAUGGUUAUUUUAUUUGUUCAUGAUUUCCUCUCUUUGCAAGACAGCGUCUUCUCUUAGUGGCCACUAAGAGCACACAAUGUGUUUUCUUUGAUUGUGGCAGAAAAUAUGGAUGAUGAUUGAACCGGGCCUUGAACAUAGCUGGGUCCUGAUCAGAUGUACACAUUAUGAUGAUUACAAAUAGAUAUAUUUUGAGCUUCUGUGAUGUUUCAGAACGUAAUUAUAUAAUUUCAUGACGUGAAACUUUACGAAUUCAAUUAUAAAAGCAAUAAUCUGUUAGCUUCUGGAGCUGCUGUAUCCAAUAUUAUAAUGUGACUGAAAAUGAAAAAGAGAUAAAAGUCUUCCCAAAUGAUGUACAAUUUACAAUGUUCCCUCUCUAAUUUGAGCAAAUAGACAUUUUUUCAAGGAAAGUACACUUCAUGAGCCCAUGUUAUUGCUCAUCUUCCUGGUCUCCUGUGGUUAUCAUUGCCUAUCUAGAAUUAGCAUAUUUGCUAAAUGAAUUUCAUCUGCAAAAUGGAGUUUUCAACAUAAUGGCCCUUCUAAAUAGAGCAUAGUUAUCCACCAAAGAUGUAAGAGAUUGAUCAUAUAAUGGCUUUUUCACUCUCUGAUGCAUCUAAAAAUAGAUACCAAAUAGAUUAGAGUAUUGCUAUUACUCUGGUGGAGGUACUAGGUUAGAAGGCAGGUUAAGUGUUUUACCAAAGCUAUUAGUGAGUAAAGAGAGAGGUGAUAAUAUUCGACUUACAGUCCCAAGUACUAGUGCCCUGUUUAAAAUACACAAUUAUUUUCUUGAAAAAGAUUAAAGGAGAUAACAAAGUAGUUACAAGUCCUUACAUAUAUCAUGAUUAUAAAAUGUUUCUUAAUUUGUGAACUAUAUAAAGUGGUAUAGCCUGUAUUAUUAAGUGAAAACUUAGUUUCAAGAAAUGAUUCCUGGUUAUUAUCUGCUAGGAGGGUGGAAGGUAAAUAUGACAUUCUUAUUUCAAUCAGAGAUAGUAAGUCUCUAUAAGACUUAAGUAUACCUAUAAAUAUUUUUGAAGCAGUAACAAAAAAGAAGAAAUUUGUUGGUUUGAUUUAACAUUUAAUAUUUUGAAUCAUUUGUGCCAUACAAAAAUAUAGGUAAAAUAUUCUAUUUUUUUAAAAGGUUUUUCUCAUUUGUAAAAAUCAUAACAUGUACUUAAUGUUUUUGAGAUUGGAUUUUGGGGAUCUACUAAUCAAUUGUGAAUUUUAUUUUGAUACUGUUCUAGGAUAUAUUGUUUAUUAUAUUUCUACUUAUAGAUGUGAAAUUUAGUUGUGCGUUGAUCAAAAAAUAAAUUAUUUGUUAUAUGUAA